AUGAAAAAGGACGAACAUAUUUCGCACGUGAGUGCAGCCACUGUUGUAGAUGGGAAGUUGGAUAGGUAAGAUACAGACAGGAAUUUAAUGUGUUUCUAUAAGCAACGAUAAACCAUUGCUAACGAAAAAACGAUUCUGAACGGAGUUCAGUUGAUAGUGUUGCUCGCUUUAUCAACAAUACAAUAUAUGGUAUAUGACAUAUUAUGGUAAAGUGAUUACAAUAUGCGUUUCCAUGACAAUAAUGAUUGUUUAAAAAAGAUUAAAAUAAUAAAAACUUAAUAAUAACAAAAAAUAAAUAAAAAUGGUUGCCAAAGAUAACUUUAUUUUUAAGCUAUUGGUUUUACAAUGUUGUUUAUUUUUUCUUUGUUCUUUGUUCUAAGCUGUGGAUACGUUUUUUCCUAGUAAACUUGCUCCAAUUUUUACGUGUAUCAACUUUUCUGAAAGCUGAAGUUGUCGAGAUGGUACACUAGACAGAUCAUUUGAUUUUCGACGCCAUUGUUUAUAUAAAAGCACUUAAGCAGGAAAAAACGUAGGAAAACAUACAAUCUCACGAUUUCAUUAUUUUAUAAAAACACAGACGACGUUUUCUACCAGAAAAAAUGAUUUAAUCGAAAAAUUACUAAACACCUUUUUUGUUGCCUAUUUGAUUUACUUUCUUACAUUAUCAUUGUCAAAACUUUUAAGCCACUUUUAAACUUUCAAGGAAUUUUAACUUUUGAGAGUAUUUUGCUAUAAUUUGGUUAUAAAUGCACGUAGAAACUUGAAACUUGAUAAUAAUACUUAUAUUGGACUUACCUAGACGUGAUGAAAUUGGACGCCCUUUUUUUUUUAAUAAGCGUUUUGAAAUCAAAUUUAAACGAUAAUCGCAAAAGAAAAUACAGCACUUCAAAUUAUGCAUUAUCGUCUUUCGUCAAGCAAUGGUUUAUCGUUGCUUACAGAUAUAAAUGAAAUAAACUUAUGUAUUGUACCUUCCCAACUUCUCACCUACAACAGUGACCACACCCUCUUUUUAAUCUUUCAAUCUUUUUUAACCUAAAGACCGAGGUUUUCCUCAUUAUCUCGAAUAUUAAUAAGAAUUUCAAAAAUUACCUCUCUAAGUACCACCCCGAGAACAUUUUCUUUCAGAAAAGGUGCUAUACUUGAUAAUCGGAGUAUUCCUGGUAGAAAAAGUGUUCAAAUAAAAAAAUUUUAAAAAUAAACAUUGUAAAACCAAUAAAUUCCUCGUUGCACUCAGAAUCUAAAGAUAAAGAAAAUUGUAUUUGUUUUUUUUUUUCACAAAUUACUCAUUAUUAAUAGUUAUUGGUUUGCAACCCAGAUAAAAGUGGUGGGUAACAGUUUCCGCCCCACGCUACCCCGCGCAAUAAUGCCUAUGGCCCACCCCUUUAAACGGCGCCACUGAUACAGACAGAUAAUAAACAUUUCUCAUAAUAUUUGUAUUCAAAAUAACAAUAAUAAUCUUUGUAAUUUGUAACAUUAAAUAAUAAUAUUCUCGACGAUUACAUAAACGUGAAACUGUGAAAUGUAAGAGAAAAAAAAAAGAAACAAACCGUUGAAGUAUUUUGGACGCGUGACGACUCCGGUGUUAAACGCGGUGUCGUUUUGAAUUAAGUAUACACGUUAAUACAAUAUUAUUAUAUUUUCGUGGAAAAUGUAAUUGAUUAUUUAUACUUGAAUUAUAAUCCCCCCUCCUCUUACACCUGCCCGUCCACGGUGACCGUGAUAACGACGGACUGGUAACAUUGUCGAUCCAAUAACGCCAAGUGCCAAUACUUUAUAAUAUUAUAUAAAACAGUCGAGUGGUCCCGGAGGCCGUCACAUUAUUUGAUUUUGCGUACGCCACCGACAACGUCCAAAGUCCAAAGAUGAUACGGAAUUCGGUGAGUAAAAUAUAAUGACAUUAUUAUUAUUACGUUCGCGAAUGUUUGGACAGUAUUACUUGUUUGUGUUUGUUUUUAAACUGCAUACACCGGAUGCACGGUCGAAUGACUCGAUUGCUAUGGAAAAACGAAUAAACACGACCCGUUAUUAUUCGAGAUUUGUCGUUGAACCGUUAUAAUUUUUCCUAAAGAUUUUUAUGUUCUCGGAAAACACUUUUCCGGUAAUCAAAAAACACUCCGAUUUUUUUCAUGCACGAUGCCUUAAAAGAUAUUUAUUUUUCACCCUGCGAUAUUUUAUAUAAACACGUUUUCUAUUUGUAGAUUCCAACACUUUUACUGAAAAUUGUUUUUAAAAAAACUGUUAACGAAAUAUUGCGUCGACAUAUUGGUUUCAUAUUUGUUAAUUGAUUUGUUCAUUGCUGUGUUGCAUUGGCUAUUACAAGCAGUGCCUGAUUUAGACGAGUACCUAGAUGACUAUAGUCACCUGGCCUUCAAUUUUGAGCGGCCUUUUAUUUUUCGUUUGUUCGUAUUUUUUUGAACACCAAAACUUUUUAUUUCUUUUUAUUGAAUUAUAAAAUUUAAAAACUAGUAAAAAUCGUCAUUACUCAUAAUAUUAUAAUAUUAAAUAUUAUCUUUGAAAUCGAUAUAUUAACCACGUUACCGCGGAUCUAGGUUUACGGUUUUAGAUAAUUAUUUAUUAAAUUAUAUCUACAAUCUAUUUAUAUAUUAUUUAGUAGGUACCUAAAACCAUGAUAUUAACAUACUAUGCUAUCAUAUCCACCAUAAACAUGAUCCUGUUAUUCGUUGAUAUUUGUCUUUGACCCCAAAAUUUGUAAAUCAGGCACUGAUUACAAGGGAGUAGGGGGAACAUGGCUAAUACUGUCGAACAGAUUACCGAGCUCCGAAUAAGUUUUUGUUUACAAUGAUUUAUCGUUGCUUAUUUAUUACUAUAUAAACUAAAUAACCUUGUAUUCUAAACCUUAAACCCUGUCCACUUAUAUCCUUAUAUCCUGCAUCACUCUUUUACCCAUAGUACAAAACUUAAGUCCGCCUUUUAUCCCGGAUAAUCAUAACCUGAAUCAUAGUAUCAUUAUAUGUAAUUAGACAAAACAAAAAAAAAUUUAAAUCGAUUGAUAUUUACGUCAACGUAGCGUCCCAGUUUAAUUAUUUUAAUUUUUGCACUUUGUUUUCUACAAAAAAUAUUGCUCAAUAGAAAAACAUCAAGAGAUCUUUUGUAUUGAAAGUUAAUCUAAUUCAUACGUGUAAAUAAAUCGUUUUUUUAUUUUCUUUGUAGUGUUUUUAAAUAAUUGAACAAAACUGAAAAAUACUUAAAAAGAAUAGAAAAAUGUAGGGAAAUAAUGUUUUUAUUAUUUUAAAUUUUGUUUUUGUAAUUUAUUUCAAUCAAAAAUAUUUGUAGAAACUUGAAAUUUUGACUACAACUUAUAUUUGUUUCUUUUCGACGUCGUAAAAUGUUCAAAACAUUUGUGCCAUUUUUGAGGUAUUUAUAGAUAUUUUAAUUUUGCGUAUUUUUAUUUGGUAAACACUCAGUAGAUAAAAUUGUUAUGAUUAACAGAAAUGCUUGAAAAUUCGACAGUAGGUACAUUAUAAGUCGUACUUAAUUAGUGGUAAAAAAAAAUUAAUGUCAUUACAUUAAUUUUUUUUUUUAUAAGUUUUAAAUUCAAAUUUUGACAAAAAUCGUAAAUAUUAUAGCCUUUCAAAACGUGUAAAAUCGAACUUCGCUCCAAAUCGUUUUUCGUUGGAAAAGGUUUAUCAUUGGUUACAAUUAUAAUAAAUAACUUUAUGUAUCCUACCUUCCUAACUACCCACCCAUAGCAAUGGCCACACCCGUCCCCAGUAUCAGCUCUUUUUUAAAAAUAUUUACAUUCUAGUAAAACAUAAUAAAUAAAUGUAAUUUAUAGAAAAAAUGUCAAUAAUAAGAACGUCCUAUGACAUUGUAAAUUCUCCGACCUAGGUACCUGAUGUGUCAUUGUUUUUUUUAAAACACAAUUCAUUUUCGUACUUAAACUCUGAAAAAACCGCAUUUUAAAAUGUGCAAAAAUAUUUUGCAAUUAUCUCGUGUUUUAUAAGUACGCGCAUAUUAUGUACUCCAUUAUUUUUAAAAAACCGUAAGUAUCGUAAUUAUUAUUAUUUGUACUAGGUAUAAAAUAUUAUACCAAGCAGUUUAAAUAGGAUAUAUAUGUACACAAUUAUCUAUAUCUGGUAAUAUAUUAAGAAAUAUUGGUACAUUUGAAUGGUUUGUUGAACAUCUUCCGACCGUAAUGUAUAAUUUUAAUUUUCCAUAAAGAAAUAACUUAAGGAUAGUAUUCCAGCGACGGCGUAGUGGACCGUAUCAUGUUCACAGAUACCUAUAUAAACUUACUCGUAUUAUGCUGAUAAAACCAAGAAAGUAUCAACUGGUCAUUACAACUUUAAUAAGAGAAAAGAUAAAUUCAGCUCACAUCUGGAAAUUUCUCGGCUGGUCUUUUUGAUUUUUUUCACUUUACAAACGUACGUAUGGAAAAAUAAAUAUAAACAAGUAUAUAAAUUUACAUAUAACCCUUUUAAACGACAACUUGAAAUAGAUUUGUUGAGUAACUAUGAAAAUAUAAUGAACAAAACAUAAAUUACAAGCUUAACAUAUUAAACUUAACUUAAGGUUUAAUAAACAAGGAUCUAAAUAUUAUUAUUAGAUAAUGAAUACAAUAUUAAUACAAAGAAUUUAGAAGUUGGUCACAAUUGUUCAAAUUACGCUUAAAAUAUAAUUUUUUAAAUGAUUAAUGUUACAAUAGCUGGUAAUCGAUAUUGUAUAAAAGCCAAAUACCGUACACUCACUGAUUGUUCACUACAACCAAAAAAUGACAAAAAGCAUAAACUUGAAAUUUGGAAUAGCAGUUCCUUUAAUAUCUAUGUGUGCAAUAAAAAGAGAUUUAAAAAAAAAAUUGAGUUUAAACCGAUUCAUUUCGCAUUUAACCGUAAUUCGCAUUGUUCAGUGUACCUGGGACCCGUCAAUUACAUAUUGACACUGCGCCGAAGAUGAAUCAUAUCCCAACCUGGUGUGAACGUAUCCGUACCAAAAAUUCUACCUCAUAACACCUGUUUGAAAAUUGCAGCUUUAAUAAUGCUACGACAUUUUUUAUACAUACUUGGGUGUAAAAAUUGUUUUAUUGUAAUUUGGAUUACUAUUUUAUUUAUUAUGUUAGUAAAAAAUAUUGUAUUACUAAUCCAAUUAAGCAUAAACAGCGAAUACUAUUAAAUAAUAUUAUUUAUUAUUUUAUCUUGCUUAAUUCUUUUGUAAUAAUUACAAUUAUUGAGCGUUUCAAUAAAGAAAAAUGAUUUAGUAUAUUAAAGUGUGUUAUUUAUUGAUUAUACAAUUGGCAUUUAUCACGCGCACUUAAUAUAAAUGUGAUCAACGAUUAAAUACUAUUCCGUGCAAAACCUGGUAAUAUUGGGAAAUGUGUUUUGUGUUUGUAAGAUACGAAUAGUACCCACCUAGCAAUAAAUUUAAUUUUAGUAGUUUUACGAAAUAAAAUCAAAUACAUUUAGUUCUUUACAUAUAAAGUUUAUAAAGGAAAUCUUGGUAAUUUUAAUAUUAAAUUUAUAAUUGUAUUCAAAAUAUCAAAGUAGCCAAUUUUAACUUUAUUUAUUCAAAUGGGAUCAUUAGGUUUCCCCCAAAUUUCAAUACCAGAACUAAAUAACCAUGACACGAAUAAAAUGUAUAUGGUUUUCAAUUGCUGCUUUUCAAAUAUAUAUGCCAUACAUUUCUUACGUAACUAAAAAAACAUUUUAAAAAUAGACUGAUAUCCUAAGCACAAUGGGUGGACCACUGUUGUAGGUGAGAAAUUGGAAAGGUAGGAUAUAAAGGGGAAUUUAAUGAAUUAUACAUAUCUAUACACAACGAUUAAACAUUGCUAACGAAAAAUCCGGAUUCUGAGUGGAGUUUGAUUAUACAUGUGUUAAGAAGUUGUAUAAUAUUUACGGUUAUCCUCAAAAUUUGAUAUUGAAAAAAAAUUCUAUAUUACACUCAAUUUUAGAGGUAACUGUAAAUGUAUUGAACCACUAUAUAUAUAUAUAUAUAUAAUAUAAUAUCUAGUUAAAAAGCCGCAACCACGAUGGGCUUUUGUACUUUUUACAGCAUAAAAAGGUAGGUGGGUAUAAUUUUUGUGACGAAAAACAAUUAUACUUACAAGAUGUACACAUGGCUUAAUAAAAAUACGAUUUAUUAUGUACUGCAGGUGGUAUGUUUGGUCGUCGUCAUGUGUACUUUGCUGACGACAUUUGACUGCAAAACCGUGGUUGGCAAUACCGCGGAUAUAGCCACGCAGAAGAAUCUUAGAAAUCCAUCGACAACAACCGCCAACAAUCGAAUAUCCGAGACCCGACAGGACUCGGUUGUCACUAAUCGGAUACUCAAGACCCGUCAGGUCCCGACCGCGUUGCUUGAAAUCCCAGUCACCUCACCUCCGUUGCGAGUGUACCAGGGAAGCACUUUGAAAACGUACCCGUUCACUUUGGUAAACACCAAUUAUCCCACGUAUUUCUCAUACGCAUACCCCGGAAAUUUGGGCUACACGUUUUUCCAAUGACGACCAGUGCAGUUCUCUAAAUAUUAUUUAGAAAAAAUAAAAUACACUAACUAUUUAUGCUGAAUAAAAAUCCUAAAAUUUUCUCCCUUAACCCUUAAAUUCCCACAAAUUCUGAUAAUCGUGUAUCUACACUUUCUGUAACUACACGCUUUCAAGAUAUUCGUUCGGUUAUCGGUUAAACAUUUUUUUUAUACCAGUAUAGUUUUUCUGACCCGCCUCGCGACAUGGGUCAAAUACAUUAUACCGGUAUAAUCCACUUCUUUUUUAUUGUCCCCAUCGUAAUUAUUCCCCUAUUUCAUAUUCUUAUAAAAUGAUCACAAAAUAACUUAUCGUAACAUUUAUGAUUGAAUUAUUUUCUACAUUAUUUUUUCUUAACAUUGAUAUUUUUGAAUUAUGAAGAAUAAAGAUGGAAAAUUCAAGUGACUACUAAAUCGAAAUUCGAAGGUAUGUGUACGGUGUGAUAACAAAUAAGUAUGGACUAUAGAGGUGAUAAUGAUAUUUUGUACCAACUACAAGUCAACGAAUUUUUUGAUAUACCG